AUGCUACUUUCCCAGGUGCUGCUCGGGAGGGACAUUGAUGUGUGGGUCCCGGAAGGAACUGGGGCUGCGACUCCUGCAUCUUGGGAUAAGCGGCUUGCGUCGGCAUCGAUGGUCCAUGACCUACUUCACGGAAACAUUUGCUUGGAGGCCCUAAGGCUUCCGCCAUACUUCUCCGUACUUUACCUUUAUCCUGGUUUCAUGCUGGCUCGUACAUUGCGCUCUGACACUUGUGCGGGUUGCCCUAAUCCUGCCGCAUGGACCGCAUUAGAAUACUCUCUUGGAAAUCCUCGUAUCUACGUAGGAGGUGACAUGUUCCAACCAAUCACAUCCACGAAUGACCCGAUUUUCUGGAAUCAUCACUCGUUUGUCGACUUGGUCUGGGAAAAUUGGAGGGUCAUUCGCCAGUCUCGAGCAGCACGCGAAACUCAAUAUCCACCAAAUAAUCCGUCGUGCAGCAGUGCCGCACAUUACGGUGAUAACACAAUGCAACCGUUCUUCCCAAUGGUUAACAAAGAUGGAUUGUCAAAUGCAUAUACUGAUGAAGACAGAUGCUACCUUAGCGUUUGUAAAGGGAACAGAUGCUUACAAGUUCAGACACCAACACCGGUCACUCGACCACCAAUCACGAAUACUGCACCAGCUGGUCCUGCCCAAAAGACCUUCUUUAACCCCUUGCGACGACGUUGGGCUGACCGGACACUAACCACCUACAAUCACAACGCUGAGUGCAAGGAUACUGAGGAAAACUGCUGCAUAUGGGCGCGCAAAGGCCACUGCACCGAUGCGCAAUAUGCAGCGUAUAUGCUAAAGAAUUGUUCCAGAGCUUGUGGACAAUGCGGCAACACGAAGGAAGGAGAUUGUAGACCAAACCCAGAGCUUGUGGACAAUGCGGCAACACGAAGGAAGGAGAUUGUAGACCAAACCCAGACUGCAAGGAUCUUGACGAAAGCUGCUGCAUAUGGGCGCGCAAAGGCUAUUGCACCGAGGAGCGCUAUGAAGCGUAUAUGCUCAAGAAUUGUUCCAGAGCUUGUGGACAAUGCGGCAACACGAAGGAAGGAGAUUGUAGACCAAACCCAGACUGCAAGGAUCUUGACGAAAGCUGCUGCAUAUGGGCGCGCAAAGGCUAUUGCACCGAGGAGCGCUAUGAAGCGUAUAUGCUCAAGAAUUGUUCCAGAGCUUGUGGACAAUGCGGCAACACGAAGGAAGGAGAUUGUAGACCAAACCCAGACUGCAAGGAUCUUGACGAAAGCUGCUGCAUAUGGGCGCGCAAAGGCUAUUGCACCGAGGAGCGCUAUGAAGCGUAUAUGCUCAAGAAUUGUUCCAGAGCUUGUGGACAAUGCGGCAACACGAAGGAAGGAGAUUGUAGACCAAACCCAGACUGCAAGGAUCUUGACGAAAGCUGCUGCAUAUGGGCGCGCAAAGGCUAUUGCACCGAGGAGCGCUAUGAAGCGUAUAUGCUCAAGAAUUGUUCCAGAGCUUGUGGACAAUGCGGCAACACGAAGGAAGGAGAUUGUAGACCAAACCCAGACUGCAAGGAUCUUGACGAAAGCUGCUGCAUAUGGGCGCGCAAAGGCUAUUGCACCGAGGAGCGCUAUGAAGCGUAUAUGCUCAAGAAUUGUUCCAGAGCUUGUGGACAAUGCGGCAACACGAAGGAAGGAGAUUGUAGACCAAACCCAGACUGCAAGGAUCUUGACGAAAGCUGCUGCAUAUGGGCGCGCAAAGGCUAUUGCACCGAUGAGCGCUAUGCAGCGUAUAUGCUCAAGAAUUGUUCCAGAGCUUGUGGACAAUGCGGCAACACGAAGGAAGGAGAUUGUAGACCAAACCCAGACUGCAAGGAUCUUGACGAAAGCUGCUGCAUAUGGGCGCGCAAAGGCUAUUGCACCGAUGAGCGCUAUGCAGCGUAUAUGCUCAAGAAUUGUUCCAGAGCUUGUGGACAAUGCGGCAACACGAAGGAAGGAGAUUGUAGACCAAACCCAGGUAUUUAGGGGCAAAUUUACUGCUUCAGAAUUCGAGUGCAAGGAUAUUGACGACAACUGCUGCAUAUGGGCGCGCAAAGGCUAUUGCACCGAUGAGCGCUAUGCAGCGUAUAUGCUCAAGAAUUGUUCCAGAGCUUGUGGACAAUGCGGCAACACGAAGGAAGGAGAUUGUAGACCAAACCCAGAGUGCAAGGAUCUUGACGAAAACUGCUGCACUUGGGCACGUAAUGGCUAUUGUACACUGAAUGCGAAUUACAUGAAGGUGUAUUGUCGUCAAGCUUGUGGACUAUGCGGGAAUUCAAAUAAAGGAGAUUGUAGACCACAAUCAGGGUGUUCGAAUCGUCACACAAUGUGUUGUUUUUGGGCAUCCAAUGGCCAAUGUUUCACGAGGCCACGGUUUUUGCUAGUGAUUUGUAGUCAAGCUUGUGGAGUAUGCGGCUACGCAAUGGGACAAGUAUGUAUAACACAAUCAGUCUGUGGAUACGUAUUCUGCGGACUCCCACGUCGUAUUUCCCGGAACCGACGUCCUGUAUCAAGAUUCGUUGCCAGUCCGCAUAGACUUCAACUACGGAGACAAUUGUCACCGGUCUCAUUGGCGAAAGGACCUUCGACGCAGAUCUCGUCGGCUCCAGCAUCUGCAACGGGUCGCUCCCUAUUGCUAAGGACAAGGAACAACCUCACUAAGUGGCACCGUCAACGACGAAGAGGACCACGAAAGCCAUCUGGAAUGGCUGUGUUCGCCAACUGA